CUAUUUGGGACAAUAACAACUUGUGACCAAAUUAUUCAUCACUUUUCAAUUUACAGGCUACAUACAUACUCCGAUCAAUUUCUGCCGGAACUAGGGUUCCGCCGGCCGGAGAAUUUCCAGUUCCGGAUCUGUCUAAUUGAAGUUGUAGAUCGCACAAUUAGUUAAGCAAAUUUGGAAUGAUUUAUGGGUGAAUUGAUUGUUUUGUUGGUGGUGGUUAGUGGUUGGUAGCUGAAGUAGAAGAAGAAGAGGAGGACAAAAGUUCAAUCAAUAUACAGAAAAUGAGUGUGAGCAACGGUUCAGUUCAUCCUGUUGACGCACCACCGUUGCAAACAGAAGCAGCUAACGUGCCGCGAGUGAGGAUGAAGGAUGUUCAAGGAAUGCCUGGGACGGUUGGUGGAUCCUUCUUACGUUUCGCUCAGUUUGUAUUUGCUGUUGUUGCGCUUUGUGUUAUGGCUACUACCAGUGAUUUUCCUUCCGUCACAGCUUUCUGUUACCUUGUCGCUGCUGCUGGCUUGCAGAGCUUAUGGAGCUUGUCUCUAGGUAUUCUUGAUGUUUAUGCUCUUCUUGUUGGACGGUGCUUGCAGAACUCUCAGGUUGUGAGUUUAUUUGCUGUCGGUGAUGGGGUCACUUCUACCCUCAUGUUUGCUGCAGCCUGUGCUUCUGCUGGCAUUACUGUACUGAUUGGCAAUGACCUUGGUGUCUGCUCACAAAAUCACUGCUUAGAGUUCGAGACUGCUACUGCCAUGGCUUUUCUUAGCUGGUUCUGUGCUUUGCCAUCAUUUCUCUUAAACUUUUGGUCACUUGCAUCCAGGUGAAGAAAGGCUCUCAAGGAAUUAGAAACGAUGCCAAAAUAUCUUGUAAAAGUACUGCCUUUUGUUUUGAUGUUGUAAAAUUUUGUCUAGAUGAUCAAUGUCCCAGAAAAACAUGCAAUUGCUACUGCAGUGUGUAAAUACUGAUUGCGUAAAGCAGGUUAAUGUGGGUAAUUGAGCUGUGCUCUAACUCUGUUGCUGGAUAUAAAGGAUUGCACAUAAAUUGUUUGAUACUGAAAAUGCCAUCAUUUAGCCA